CGUAAAUAAAAAAAAGAAAUGUGACCGUGAGGCGGUGAUACCGUUGAAGGAAAGUCCAAAUCCCGCUUUCAUUUAACAAAAGUUUACUUGUUUGUUGACAAUAAUUAGUAUUGUCAUGUCACUGCUUGUCCUUUUUACCAGCCGUAUGCUGAGUGUUUCUGGGCGGGUCGGACGGAGAGCUGCUCCGGGCUUAUCUCCGCUGCUAACACCGACCUCACCGGGGCUCACGCGGGUUCUGGCUGUUGGUAAAAAGGAUCUGACGAAUUUUCCGAUCCUAAAUGAGGAUGAGCUUGAAGAGCAGUUUGUGCGAGGAUCCGGACCCGGAGGCCAGGCCACCAAUAAAACCAGCAACUGCGUGGUCCUCAAACACAUCCCCACAGGAAUUGUAGUGAAGUGCCAUCAGACCAGAUCUGUGGAUAUAAAUCGGAAGCGAGCCCGGGAAAUAAUGAGAGAGAAACUUGAUGUUGAAUAUAAAGGAGAGCUCAGUGAAAUUAUUGUAAAGAAGAAAGAAUCUGUGCUAAGGAAACAAGAAAAAAGAAGAAAAGUGAAUGAGAAACUGGAGAGAAAAAGACUUUUUAAAGAAACUCUGACUGAAGACUCCUAACCUGAAAAUGAUGCUAUUUAAUGUGUUCAGGUAGAAAAUGGAAGGUGGACUCAAGCACAUGAAACAAAAUGCUGUUGUUUUUUUCUAAUAACCUAAUAAAAUAA